CCGGCGCUGCCGCUGCUGUGCGCCCCGGCCGUCUGGGCGGCCACCGCGCUCCUGCUCCUCGCGCCCCGGACCGCAGGAAAGAUACGUUAGCGCUCUAACUGCCGGUACUUCAGAAUGUGACCUUACUUGGAGAGGUCUUUACACGUUAAGACGAGGUCCCUGGGGACCCUGAUCUAGUUUGACUGUGUCCUCACAGAAAGGGGGAAAUGGGCACAGGGCCUGGCACGCACCGAGGGCAGACGAUGUGAGGCCACAGAAGGCCGCCUGCAAGCAAGGAGGGAGGUCUCAGGAGACACCAGCCCUGCCCCUGAUCUCCGACCUCCAGCUUCAGAACCCGGGCGUGAAGUGGCCGUCGUUUAAGCUGUCGUGGCUGUGGUGCUUUGUGAAGGCAGCCCUAGCUGACUCAUACUUACAGGUCUACACUUACAUGCAUGCUAAUCAGGUAUUCUUUUUCUUUUUUUAAAAGGUCAGAGCAAGGCAACUUUAUUGACUCAUUUUGUAAUGAAAGCAACAAUGAAAAACACACUCAGAGCAGUAAGGCAUUUCUCAAGCAGGGAAAAGUGAGGCUCCUUUCAUAGCCUUUGCUAAAAUGAGCAGUCUGAAAAGGGUAGAACGACAGAGAAGGUUAAAGACACUGUUGAGCUCAUUUCUAAGACAUCUGUAGGAAAAAGACAACCUUACUGGACUCUGAAAAGGAGACUUUCGCAGCAGAGACCUCUCCUUCAUUGAAAUGAGGUCUCACAUCAAGGAUUAUCUUGGUAACAAUGACUAGUUGACAUUUCCGGGAUGCCAGCUGUGGAAACGGCUUUUGUGGCUGGUUGAAGAGGCAGAUUCCAUAAGCGGUGGGAAGUCACCUCUAAUUAUAUCAGGCUUGAGCCUUGACCAUGGACUUGAUUGGUGAACGGUUCACAGCAGGACCUCUACAAGCUACAAGCGCUGUUGGCAACUUGAUCUUCACUGGGGAUUCGGAGGUGCCUGACCCCAACGACCCUUCCGGCCAACUGGAUGGACACGGCAGCCCUGUUCCCACGCCGAAAGGUUACUUUCUGAACUUCCUGGAGCCGGUGAACAACAUCACCAUCGUCCAGGGCCAGACGGCGACUCUGCACUGCAAGGUGGCCGGCCACCCGCCGCCCAGCCUGCGGUGGCUGAAGAACGACGCCCCGGUGGUGCAGGAGCCGCGGCGCGUCAUCAUCCGCAAGACGGAGUACGGCUCUCGGCUCCGCAUCCAGGACCUGGACACGACAGACACCGGCUACUACCAGUGCGUGGCCACCAAUGGGAUGAAGACCAUCACUGCCACCGGCGUCCUGUUCGUGCGGCUCGGUCCCACACACAGCCCAAACCAUAAUUUUCAAGACGACGACCACGAGGACGGGUUCUGCCAGCCGUACCGGGGCAUCGCCUGCGCGCGCUUCAUCGGGAACCGGACCAUCUAUGUGGACUCGCUGCAGAUGCAGGGGGAGAUCGAGAACCGGAUCACAGCCGCCUUCACCAUGAUCGGCACCUCCACGCACCUGUCGGACCAGUGCUCCCAGUUUGCCAUUCCGUCCUUCUGCCACUUUGUGUUCCCGCUGUGCGACGCGCGGUCACGGGCGCCCAAGCCGCGCGAGCUGUGCCGCGACGAGUGCGAGGUGCUGGAGAGCGACCUGUGCCGCCAGGAGUACACCAUCGCGCGCUCCAACCCGCUCAUCCUCAUGCGGCUGCAGCUGCCCAAGUGCGAGGCGCUGCCCAUGCCCGACAGCCCCGCCGCCGCCGACUGCAUGCGCAUCGGCAUCCCAGCCGAGCGGCUGGGCCGCUACCAUCAGUGCUACAACGGCUCGGGCACGGACUACCGAGGGACGGCGAGCACCACCAAGUCAGGGCACCAGUGCCAGCCGUGGGCUCUGCAGCACCCCCACAGCCACCACCUGAGCAGUGCGGACUUCCCGGAGCUCGGCGGGGGGCACGCCUACUGCCGGAACCCCGGAGGGCAGAUGGAAGGCCCCUGGUGCUUCACGAAGAAUAAGAACGUGCCCAUGGAGCUGUGCGACGUGCCCCCCUGCAGCCCCCAGGACGGCAGCAGGAUGGGCAUCCUGUACAUCCUGGUGCCCAGCAUCGCCAUCCCCCUGGUGGUCGCCUGCCUCUUCUUCCUGGUCUGCAUGUGCCGCAACAAGCAGAAGGCGUCGGCCGCUGCGCCCCCGCGCCGGCAGCUGAUGGCGUCGCCCAGCCAGGAUGUGGAGCUGCCCCUCAUGGGCCCGCACAAGCAGGCCAAGCUCAAGGAGAUCAGCCUGUCCUCCGUGAGGUUCAUGGAGGAGCUCGGGGAGGACCGCUUCGGGAAGGCGUACCGAGGCCGCCUGCUGGGCCCCGCGCCGGGGGAGCCCGCCCAGGCCGUGGCCAUCAAAACGCUGAAGGACAAGGCGGAGGGGCCGCUGCGGGAGGAGUUCCGGCACGAGGCCUUGCUGCGUGCGCGCCUGCAGCACCCCAACCUCGUCUGCCUGCUGGGCGUGGUGACCCAGGGCCAGCCGCUCAGCAUGGUCUUCAGCUACUGCCCGCAGGGCGACCUCCACGAGUUCCUGGUCAUGCGCUCGCCGCACUCCGACGUGGGCAGCACGGACGACGACCGCACGGUGAAGUCGGCCCUGGAGCCGCCCGACUUCGUGCACGUGGUGGCGCAGAUCGCGGCCGGCAUGGAGUACCUGUCCAGCCACCACGUGGUGCACAAGGACCUGGCCACCCGCAACGUGCUCGUGGACGACAAGCUGAGCGUGAAGAUCUCGGACCUGGGGCUGUUCCGCGAGGUGUACUCGGCCGACUACUACCAGCUGCUGGGCAGCGCGCUGCUGCCGGUGCGCUGGAUGUCGCCCGAGGCCAUCCUGUACGGCAAGUUCUCCGUGGACUCGGACAUCUGGGCCUACGGUGUGGUCCUGUGGGAGGUGUUCAGCUACGGCCUGCAGCCCUACUGCGGGCACUCCAACCAGGACGUGGUGGAGCUGGUGCGCGGCCGGCAGCUGCUGCCCUGCCCCGACGACUGCCCCGCCUGGGUGUACGCCCUGAUGGUUGAGUGCUGGAGCGAGUUCCCUGGCCGGCGGCCGCGCUUCAAGGACAUCCACAGCCGGCUCCGCGCCUGGGGCGGCCUGUCCGCCUACACCAGCUCCGCGCAGACCUCGGGCGCCAGCAACGCCACGCAGACCAGCUCGCUGAGCACUAGCCCCGUCAGCGUCAGCAACGCCCGCUACGGGGUCCCCAAGCCCAAGGCUCCGCCCUUCCCGCAGCCGCAGUUCAUCCCCGUGAAGGGCCCCAUCCGGCCCCUGGGACCCCCUCCGCAGCUCUACAUCCCCGUCAAUGGCUACCAGCCCGUGCCGGCCUACGGGGCCUACCUGCCCAACUUCUACCCCGUCCAGAUCCCCCUGCAGAUGGCCCCGCAGCAGGUGCCUGCCCAAAUGGUGCCCAAGCCCGGCUCGCACCACAGCGGCAGCGGCUCCACCAGCACCGGGUAUGUGACCACCGCGCCUUCCAACACGUCGGUGGCCGAGCGCGCGGCGCUGCUGGCAGAGGGCGCGGAGGACGCGCGGGACGGCCCUGAGGACGGCGCCCAGAGCCCCGUGCCCGAGGCCGCGGAGGAGGAGGACGGCUCCGUCCCGGAGACCGAGCUGCUGGGGGACAGUGACCCUCUGCAGGUGGAGGAGGCCGAGGCCCAGCUGGAAGCCUGAGGGUCAGGACUGCGGGGCUCGCUCGUGGGAAACUUCAGCCACUCGAGAAGUGAGCCCCCAGCGCCCCGCCCGGGCUGGUUGGCGCCCCGCCAGGUGAAGUCACUCCGCCGCGCGCUCCGCCCAGAGCUGCGCUGUGGCCAUCCUUGGGCUUUGAGCCUGUGGCGCCGGGCGAACGGUGACGCCAGGUCGUCUGCAUUUCCCCGAGGAGGGGUCGCGGGCAUUGCCCGUGCUUUGAAGGGAAUGGGUGGCGCCUGCCCACCUUGUUGCAUGUGGAUCCAAUGUUGCAAAACUUCGCGACAGGCCUGGCCAGGCAGCCGGCUGGUGGCGGAUGGAGGAGCUGCUUUCUCGCCGCUGCCCGCCAGCUUUAGCCCCUUCAGCCCCCAGAGUGGCGGGAACAGGGCGCUGCCCCCCCGCCAGGCCUGGUGAGCAAGGCUUCUGGAACCGGAGUCCCAUUUUAAAACACAACGUGCCUUAAAAAAACCAACGCGAUGUUGUAUUUUGUGAAGUGGUUUUAGUUGCCUUGUGUGUGUGUGUGCGCGCCCGCUGUCCUGGCUUUCCGGGGAAGUGGUGCCGGCCCGGAGGAAGCCAUGUUGUGAGAGCACCGUGCUGUUUGUGUCCUCGGGACCCUGUACAGACCUUCAGUGUGAUUUAUGUGGGUUUUGCAGGCUAUUUUCAUUGCAGUAUUUUGACCGUAAAAUGAGUUAGUAAUAGAACUGUUUACCUGGCCCACCUGGGAUGCCACCUGAUUGUACUUGGCUGCUGUCUGUAGCGAUGUGAGAGGUCCGUUCAUUUCAGAGCUCCUGUGAGAAGGCCUGCAGGCACCGCGGACUGGCACAGCUGGUGUAGCCAGGCCAGCAGGCACCGCGGACUGGCACAGCUGGUGUAGCCAGGCCAGCAGGCACCGCGGACUGGCACAGCUGGUGUAGCCAGGCCAGCAGGCACCGCGGACUGGCACAGCUGGUGUAGCCAGGCCUGCAGGCACUGCGGACUGGCACAGCUGGUGUAGCCAGGCCAGCAGGCACCGCGGGCUGGCACAGCGCCGCCUGUGACUCCACACCGGUGUAGCCAGUGAAGGACAGCCAUGCUUCCGGCCCUGCAGGCUGUGAGGAUGUCAGGCAGCUGGUAGUGCUGGGAGGGGGAUGCCCACCAGUGGCAACGUGGGCUGAGCCCUUUGCAGCCUCGGGGGGCUAGUCUGCAACCUCGAAUUCAUGUGAAUGUGGACGUAUGUUGGUAAAUAAAUGAUGGAAACAAGU